AUGAUUAUUGGUUGUUGCGUUGGACGGAGGGAACUGGCUUCUAAACAGGUGCGUGUGAAUUCUGUUUGUCCUGGUGUAAUCAUCACGGAAGUGCACAAACGGGCAGGUCUUGAUGAAGAACAAUAUGCCAAGUUUCUAGAGAAAUGCAAAGAGACUCAUGCUCUUGGAAGACCCGGAGAAGUGGAUGAAGUUGCUCAAGCAAUUGCAUUCCUGUCUUCUGACGCAGCUUCCUUCAUCACAGGAGUGAACUUACCAGUGGAUGGGGGGCGGCAUGCAAUGUGUCCCAGAUAAGAAGAGCAGGAAUGCUGAUGUAGUCUGCCACUAGGGGGCAGUAUUGGUACAUGAGAUUAACAACCACAUCUAGAAUGUAUUGUUGUACUUUCAUUAACAAAAAAACCCCAAAAAACAAAUAACCCACAGCAUAAUGCAGGUGAAAGAACUCCCAAUUCACUGAUUUGUUUCUGCUUAGUUAUCAGAAACUAAAUUACAAGUAUAAAAUUCCUUGUAGAACAGUUUCUAAAGUUGAGCUUAAGGGGCUUUUUUGAUAAGUGUUUGGAAGGCUUGCUACUUUCCUGGGGUAAGCGCAAAUACACUGAUGGAGCUGACCAGCUGGAAUGAACAUGUAUGGCUGCUUAUUCAAAUUCACUGCCAGUGGCUGUAUGUGAGGCUCGAAGUGUAGAAGCAGCAAUUAUAAGCUAAAAGCUUGAAUUUCUGUUGGCAUAAAAUAUUGUCAUCCACAUAAUGUUGACAGUUCAGCUGAGUGGGUUAUUAACAUACAUAUAGCCCCACUGCAAUGCACUGUGGGCCAAAUGGACUCUUGAAAGUACAAGAGCUGCGUUUCCAUUGCCCAAACCCUGCACUCUCAGGGCAAGCAAACUGGUCCUUUCCUCCCUCAGCAAGCCAGUUCAUUUAUGUCUCUUUCUCACUGAGAAGCAGUCAUGUACAAUCUCGUUAAAUUAAUUACUGCAACUUUUAUGUGUGUAAGACUGUAAGUGUAAAACAUUAGUGUGUCUUUGGAAA